ACUUUUGGACUCACCAUGAAGGUCAGUGCAUGGCUACUCUAUGCGUCGUGGCUCUACUCCUGGGCUGAGUUCUCUCAGCAGUGCAAAUGCCAAGAUCUCUGUCCAACAGAACUGGAGGAUAAGAAGUCAAAGGCUCGACUCAAGGUGCAUUUUCACAAUCCUCUUGGACACAAGCACACAACUCUCAGGAGCAGACCACACCACAGAAAAGGUGCCAGAAUUAGUGCUAAAGAUGUGCCACCCCGCAUUGUUCACCAACCAUCUGAUGUGGUGGUGAAAUUGGGAAAACCUGCCACAUUCUCCUGUCGGGGGGAUGGCAACCCAAAACCUACCAUUGAGUGGCUGCACAAUGGCCAGCCGCUGGACGUUACAAAGGAAAAUGGACAACUGCAGCCCAUAGUUUUGUCAGAUGAUAGGCUCUUCUUCCUGAGUGUGGGUGCGAGCGGACGUGGCCAGUCGCAUGAAGGUAUCUACGCAUGCGUGGCCAGGAACAGAGCAGGAACAGCCAUCAGCCACAAUGCAUCCUUGCACAUUGCAGCUUUGCAGGAGGCGUUCACUGUGGAGCCCAGUGAUGUCGAGGUGGCAGAGGGGGAGGUAGCUGUUUUAAACUGUGCCCCCCCACUGGGAUACCCAGAUCCUAACAUUAAGUGGAGACAAGAUGGUCUGCCAAUCAACUACACUGACUUCCACUUCACUGAACUGAAUGGAAAGCUCAUCAUCUCUCCUGUGGAGAAGAACCACUCUGGUGCCUAUGUCUGUGUAGCCAGCAACAUGAUGGGGGUGCGAGAGAGCAGGGCAGCUCGACUUACUGUGCUUGCAAAGCCGGUAUUCGUGCUGAAGCCAGAAAAUGUCUCCGUGAGAAUUGGGGAAUCUGCCCGGUUCAACUGUCGAGCAAAAGGUGACCCUCCACCUGCGGUGGUCUGGAUCAGAGAGCAGGGGCCACUGCCCAAUGGCAGAUAUCUUGUGAACCCAGAUCACAUGCUCCAGAUCCAUUAUGUGACAGCCCAAGAUGCUGGCCAGUACACCUGCACUGCACUCAAUGAUGUUGGUGUGGUCACUGCCACUGCACAGCUACUCGUUGAAGGUACAUCCAGCACUAAACAGAAAGAUCUCCACAUAGAACUUUCAGCCCUCCGAUUGGCUCUUGAAAAUGUCACGAUCGUGGCCCCAGGAUCCAACAUAUCUCAAGUACAGUGGAAGCUCCAGUCCUUCCCCAUUCAACCUCAUUACCUUGAUGGCUAUGAGGUUCUUUAUCGUUCCCUGUUACCUCAAGGCUCAGACUGGGCCGCAAAAAAAGUGCAAGUGCCAAGCUUACAGACACAGGUUGGCCCAUUAAAGAGAGGGUACAAGUAUGAGUUUAAGGUUCGUCCUUAUGGCAGCAGUUUGUAUGGUCGGGAGAGUAACACACGGUUCCUCAGAGUCCCAGAGACAGUUCCCAGUGCUGCCCCACUGGCUGUGUCCAUAACAGUCAACCAUUAUCACAAUAACUCCAUCCACCUCAACUGGGAUCCUCCUCCAUCUGAAACUCACAAUGGUAUCAUACAAGGUUACCAGGUUUGGUGUGGGGAGUCGUAUGAGCAGCAGUACCAAAACUGGACUGUUGAUAGCAAGCAGCACUGGCUUAACAUAUUUGCGCUUCAACCAGGGAAACGCUACUGGAUUACCCUGGCAGCAGUGAAUGGUGCUGGAGUAGGGGUUCCAAGUGACCCUCAUGGAUUUGUCAUAAACCCACAGAUAAGAUUUACUUCCGAGUCCGAACCGGAGCAAUCUACUUUACUUACGUUGCUCCAGGACCCUGUAUUGAUUGGCAGUAUUGGGGCCCUCGUUUGGUGCAUGUUGAUGGUUGCAGCUGUUUGCCUUUUUAGACGCCGCAGGAAAAUAGGACACCUCAUACCAGGACGUGAUGGGGCUAAAGGUUUGUGUAGACGAGCCAAGGAAGAUAUCUUCAUUAAUCACAGGAUGACAGCUCCAGACUCUCCUUGGGUCUCUGGGAGUUGGAGACCUCCUUUUACCAGAAAAUACCAAGACUUGUGGGUUCAAAGUCACAAGGUUUCAGGGAUGAGGAACUCAAACUUUCAAGUACCAACAAAGAAGAACCCAAGCUUGGAUAACACAGCUGUUCCCAUUGGGACAGACAGUUGUGCUGUCUAUGGCACCUUUUAUGUUGACCUCAUGGAAAAUGGGCUCAAGACCUUCAACAGUCCCAGGCGUUACCCAAAAAUGCCUCCUGGUCUGCCACAACAGCAAGCAUUUGAGACCAUUCAGAUAACUCAGCCUAAGACCUCACCUCUCACUGGUCAUGUGAUGUUGCCAUGGAAACAGUCCAUUCGGCCUCAGCCCAAAAUGGGUGUUUUGAGGGAAUCAUGGGAGAAGAGCCACGUCAAACAAGAGGUGCAUGCAGUGAACAGUGUUCCAAUAGUACAAACCAGGAACCAGACUGCUCCGUCUAAUGCCAGCAAACAGAGAUUCAGUCACAUCCCAUUAAGUCAGCUAGAGUAUAAUCCAUUUGCUGACUGUCCUCGGCUGCUGCAUAAUUCUGCAUCACUACAAUUAAUAGAUGUGCUGCCACCACCACGGCUGUUUAACUUGGAGGAAGCUACAGACUCACACAGUGUGACCUCAGACGAAGGAUCCAGUCGCUCCACAAAGCUAACAAUGGAUCUGGGCUCUCAACAGUCAGUGUGUGAUACCUCAGGCGACUAUCUACAGACUGCGUCCAUGAAACACAACACUAAAAACCCUUCCUGCAGCCCCCUACCAACUGUAUUAUCCAGCAGAUCUCUGAAUGAAGAACAGGAUGACACACUAACUCCAAAAGAAGUUUCUCUGUAUUUGGAACUAAACUCCAAAAUAAGUAAAUCCAGCAGGGAGGUUUCUGACCAACAUUUCUCUUGCUUCCACCCUCUUACCACCAUGGUGGGUGAUAAUAGUGAGCACAUCCCAUCUGCUGCAAUCGGCCCCGACACUACAUCUGAGGCCCUACCGAUUGAAUUACACCACGCUCGGCUUCAGAGUUCACCUUCCUCUUUUUACAGUGAGUGGGACAGUUCCCUGUGGAACACUUGGAGCUCAAUCACAGAUGGAAACUUUGCAAGUGCCCGUACAAGCCUCAUCAGUUCAGUAGACAGCUGCUACACUAACGCCAGCAGCAAUUUUGCACACUUUCUGACGGCAGAGUCUGUUUCUGGAGCUUCUUUGUCAGACUUCUCUCCUCCAGCCUCCCCCCUCAGCGGUCUGUAUCCGUCAUUUUGUGCCGAGGGCAGCACCCUCAUCGAGAUGGACCCUGUUCCUGCGUGGGACUGGAGCAUGAACUGGAUGGAGGAGAUGGAGGCUCAGUACCGAGCAUACUAUCCUAGCAGAAAUACAAAACCCUUUAACACUUAACGAAUUCCUUCAGGUCUGUCAGAACUUCUAUAGACACAAUUUUGUCUUCAGAGCCCUGGAACAUUUAAAGCUUGAACUAUUUUAUGGUUUCCAAGAAUAUGGCCUGUAAAUAUCCACGCUCAGUGUAUGUAUGACUAAAAUCUUUUUUUAUUUUGAACACUUAUGGAUGUGUGUUUGAGCUUGCAUUUUUGUAAUUCUUUCCUCAGAUCACCCUGUGGAAUUCCAACAACUAUAUGUGGCAUUCUGCAAAUGACUUUUUUUGCAUUAUGUAAUCCCCCCACCCCCACCCUUCCUCCC